AUGAACACCAAGUUCUGUGAAAUAGAUGCUCAACUAUACCGAUAUUACGCAGAGCAUGCUGAACAACAGUCAAAUCAAAAUGCUACCACUAGUGCCCCAAGGAACUACGAUAUUCGCCAGCGACCACCGAUGAGAUUCGACGCCCUUCUGAUGGAAAGUGAUCCAGAUGUUUCCGAUGAUGACGAUGAUCCUAUGUAUGAGCCUCCACCGAACUCAAAAAAUCUGUUGAAGAACGAGGUGGUUCAGAGCGAAAAGCGCAUGUUUGACAAAUGGACAGAAAUGGCAACGGCUCAGAUCAAAACCUUCGAGGCAAUGCUUUCAAUGCAAAAGGAAACUCUUCAGCAGAUUCGCGACAUUGUC